ACCGGGAAAUUUGCCCCGGUCUUCCUCGUUACGUUUGGACUACUGCUCGCUGCGAAUUAUGAAGGGGUCAGAGGUCAAGAGUGUGAUCACGUGAGACAGGAAGACAGAGGUGGCAGAAAAUGCUCCAAGCGUUGCGUGUCGGACAAAGACUGCACGAGCCAGAAGAAGAAGUGCAUGUGCGACGGCAAGUGUGGGAAGAGCUGUAUCAACCCAA